AUGGAUCAUCCCGACGCUCUCGCCCGUGUUCUGGGCACCCCGGAAAUACUGUCUUUGAUCCUAGGCAAUUUAUCACAGGGUGAAUUACUCCAACUGCAGCGUGUGUGUCAGUCGUGGCGCUCGCUUAUCAAGCAUGCACCUAAUCUAUGUGCGACCACCUUCACCGGUCAACGGCCCUUCCAACAUACUCUGACGAAGAUUCCGCAGCUGAAUACAUUUGUUAUCAGCCGACUGCGUUGGUGUCCUAGCUUGGAAACGAACCUGGUCAAUACCACCCAGUUCCAUUCUGUUGAAUUGGACCCGAUCCUGCAGGCGAUGGCUUAUGAACAUGCUUCAUGGAGAGACCAAUAUCUGACUUGGCCCCCUGUGUCCAAAUUGUCGAUUGCCCACGGGACAAUUUCCCAGGAGGAGCCUAGUCUAGCGGACCUAGUGGUGAUGUCUCGCCGGAGUGGCCACCAACCUCCCGGGUAUGAGGAGGAAGAGGGUGAGGACUCCGACUCUGAAAGCGAAACUCCACCCUUUGUCUUAUGCAUAGAGGACUUUCCCCAUAAUGAAGGUCGGGAAUGCCAAGGAAUCAGUGUCCUAGACAUGAUCUAUGGCCUUCGACUGCAUUAUCUAGAGUUUCAGCAUAGCUUGGAGUAUCAUCUCCGUCCAGAAUUUGGAACUUCCAGAGGAGGUGAAAUUCUUGCGCGCAUUAAGAGGUACCCUCGGGAGUUGAUGGUUGACGUUACAGUUAUCAACUUCUGA